UCGUAAUUUUCUGUAAUUGACUAAAUUCAGACGCUUAAUAAACUAAAUCUUGAUUUUUUACAGUACAAAAUGUCUGAGGAUAAAAAAGUGGCAGAAAAAAGAGAGCUCUUUAUAUGGAAAUUUGACAGCGAUGUCUCACUUCUGAAAGAGGUUAUUGCGGAGGAGCCUCACAAGCAUCCUUAAGCAUCAAAAGAGAGAGGACAGAAGUGGGACAAAAUCGCCCUCAAUUUAAAAGAAAACCAUGGGUUUAAGGUCACUCAAAGGUCGGUGAGAAAGAGGUUUAAUAGUCUGCAUGAAGACUUUUUAAGAGAAGAAGGAGAAGAGAGACAGUGGGGUAGAGGUGAUGUACUAUGAAAAGCACCAGAUGCUUACAGACUACAACGAGCUUAUAGAGGACUGGGAAAGGGGAAAGGAAAGAGAGGGUGGAUGACGAGAAGGUUAUGGCAGAAGAUAUGAGGAAGAAGGCAACAGAGAGAUUAAGUGCAACCAAGAAGAGAAAAGAGAGUGGCGAAGACAAGGGCGAAGAAGACCAGCCAAAGAGAAAGACACAGCGAAGUUUGGUGCAAUUAAUGGGGCAGAGCAUAGCAGUACGUGGUCAGGAGAGGGCAAGAGAGCUGGAGAUCAGAGAAAAUGAAUUAAAGCAACACCAGCAAUUCCAUGGCUUCCUGCUCCAGCAGCAACAACAGGCACAGCAGAUGCAACAGCAACAACAAGCCAUGAAUAUGGCCAUGAUGAAUGUCCUAACAGAGAUGCUGAAUGCUGUUAAAAAUGCAAGGACCUACAAUUUUUAACAGCAUCUCUGCAAUAAUGUCAUGUUUUUUUAAA